AUGGAUGUAUCUGAAGAAAUAUUAAAAUUAUUUUAAGAAAAAUAUGUAAUUAAGGCUUUAAGGCUUGAUUUGAAAUCAUAAAAUAUUAGAGCAAAGGACAAUUAUUCGAAUAUAAAUUUCGGAAAUAGAACAUCGAAAUUAACAUUGGUAUAAAGAUUUUUGAAUAAGCUAAAGACAAGCAAUCCAAAAGAUAGGGAUUCAAUAUUAAAUGAAAUAGAUAAUUAUCAUUUAUAAAACUAUAUAAAUGAUAUUAGUAAUUUUAUUUCAGAUUAAACAGUAACUGAUAAUGAUAUUCCUUAUUUUAUGCAAUUAUGUUCAAAAUUACAUUAAACAUACGAAGAAUUCGCAGGAACAUUAAUAACAAAUAUAACAAGAUAAAUAAAAACAAAUAUUAAACUGAAAGAAAAAGACGAUAAAAUAAUUUCGAUAAAAAGAAGGGAGAUGAUGCGUUUUUUAUGUGAAUUAUUUGUAAUAGGUUUUCCAGUAUCUUUUGAAAAAGUAAUGGAAUGUUUAAGAGAAAUAAUAUCUUAAAAAGAUUCAAAAUCUAUUCUAUUAAAUGUUUAAACUGCCUUAAUGUUUUCUACUCAAUUUGCUUUUGAAAUAUUUGGUAAGAGAGGUUUUAAAUUAGGUUACUAUCACGAAAAAUAUGAAAACCUUCCUAAUAUUUUUAACUUUGAUUAUUAAAUUAUUCCUUAAGAAAAAAUUUUAAAGAUAUUAUAAUCAAUGUAAUAAUAUAUAUAUAGACUAACUGAAUAGUUAAAAUAGCUAUAUGAGUAAAAAUAAGUUUUAAGUGAAAAAGUAAAGAAGAUUUUAGAAGAAGAAGGUGAAAUAUUUGAAAAAGAUGUAGAAUUAUAAUACAAUCGAACAAUAAAAAAUUAUAAAUAAUUAUUUGAAGCUUUAUCUACAAUUGCAGAUUGCCUUGAAUUAGAAUUCUGUGUAGAUUUCGGAGAAAACGAAGCCGAAAUAAAACAGAAAAAAUUAGUUAGAGAUAUUCUUGAAUACAGAAAAGAAUAUAAUUUAAUGGUUCCUUAAUUAUGUAGAUUUGUGGCUGUAGUAUCUAAAUAUUUUAAAGAUUUAGCUGAUUUUUUAGUAGAUAAAGUAAUUAAAGAUUUUAAUAUUUAUAAAGAAAAAAAUAGAUAAGAUUUUUCUUUUAGAGAUAAAAAAAUUAGAUAUUUAAAAUAUUUAUGUGAAUUAGUGAAAUUUAAAGUAGUUGAUUUAGGAAAAAUCCUUGAUAUAUUAAAAUCAUUAAUAGAUGAUUUUUCAACUCAAUAAAUAGAUUUAGUUUGCGCUAUACUAGAUAAUUGUGGAAGAUUUUUAUAUAAAUGUAAUGAAAGUAGAUUUAGAUACUGUGGACUAUUAGAUAAUCUAUAAUGGAAAUUAUAAAAAGCUAAUUUACCUACGAACAAGCUUAUUUAGCUUGAAAACUCAAUUAAUUUAUCAAAACCAUCUAAAAAACGACAAAUAAAAGCACCAAAAGAAGAAACAGAAGAAUAAAAAUUUAUAAACUAUUUAAUUUUUUAUGUUUUAAAUAUAUAAAAUUUCAAAUAAGUUACUGAAGUAUUAAGUAAUAUGAAUUGGAAUGAAUAAUUAGAAUAAUAUUGUUUUAAGGCAAUAAUGAAAAAAAUGACAAAAGGAAAGGUAGAUUAAAUAUAAUUAUGCGCAGGAGUAAUAUCUUUUUUAAAUAAAUUAAGACCUUCUAUAACAAUAAAAAUAGUAGAUGAGUUAAUAGAAAGAACUAUUUUUGGUAUGGAAACUAAUUAAGUUUAAGAAUAAUAAAAAAGAAUAAAUGUAAUAAGAUUAUUAAGUGAAUUAUAUAUUUUUAAUGUAUUAGAAAUUGAUUUUAUUUUUACUGUUUUAUAUAUGAUUUUAAAUUUUGGUCAUGAAGAUUUUAGAGAUAUUGAGGAAUAAUAAAGAAUUGAUGGAGAAGAAGAUCUAUUUAGGAUAUCUAUGGUAUGUAAUAUGAUAGAACCUAUAUAGGAUUAUUUAAGAAAGAAGAAAAAUUUUCAAACGACUUUGAAGUUUUUGGUUAAUUUUCAUAAGUAUAUUUUAUCAAAAAAAUAUGUCCCGAUAGAUAUUGAGUUUAUGAUUCUGGAUACUUUUGAUACUUUAGAUGAUAGUUAAAGGUUUACUAAAAUUAAAAACUUUGAAUAAGCUUCAGAAUUGGUUAUUAAGGUCAAUUCGGAAUAAAAUUAAAAAGAAAAAUAGAAGAUAUUAUUAGUGAAUAUGUUAGUAUUAUUGGAAAAAUAAAAGAAAAUUUAUAAUAAGAAUAAAAAUAAAAAUAAGAGUAAAAAUAAGAAUGUGAAUAAUAAUAUGAUCAAGAAUAGAUUAAAGAAAUUGAUUAAGAAGAAGAAAGAAAAAAUAUAGUUCUUCAAGCACAAAUAGAAUUAUUUGAAAGAGAACUUAAAAAUACAAUAGAA